GGGGGGGGGAGUGAGGAAGUCACAGAUUUGUCUGAGUCUGAGAGAGGGGACGGCUGAAGACUAAAGCAGAGAGAGCGAGGGGAUACGGCAGAGUUGGAAGCGACAAACUGGAAAGCUACAGCUCCCCUCGUACAACCACUUCUACCCUUUUGUGGUGGAUUUGACAUUAUCUCCAGCCUGUUCCCGAGAUAAAGCUAAUGUUGGUUGAUGGGCAGGACCACAGAGUCAGACACAAAGUGGAUUGAACCGACCGGCUGAACUGAUAGAUCCCAUUAGGCUAGCUCUGCUCUUUACCGGCUCCGGUGGAUUACAACAUUCAAGAUGAAUGGCCGUACCCUGCCUCCACUGAUACCUGAAGAUGGGGAGUGUCCGGACCCCCCUCGUCGGGGGGUGGGCGAGGAGCCGGGCGGCCUCCGCUUUGGGGACAGUGGAGAAGCAGAGGUGCCUGUUUCCAAGGCCCAGAGACGGAAGAGUGACGUUAAAGUGUACAAAGAGUUCUGUGACUUUUACGCCCGCUUUAACAUGGCGAAUGCCCUGGCGAACGCCAUGUGUGAGCGCUGCAAGGGGACCUUCGCUCCGGCCGAGAAGAUAGUGAACAGCAAUGGGGAACUUUACCAUGAGCAGUGUUUUGUCUGUGCUCAAUGUUUCCAGCAGUUCCCAGAGGGACUUUUCUACGAGUUUGAAGGCAGAAAAUACUGUGAGCAUGACUUUCAGAUGUUAUUCGCUCCAUGCUGUCACCAAUGUGGCGAGUUCAUUAUUGGCCGUGUCAUCAAGGCUAUGAACAACAGCUGGCACCCAGACUGUUUCUGCUGUGACAUCUGUCAAGAUGUGCUUGCUGAUGUGGGCUUUGUCAAGAAUGCUGGUCGGCACUUGUGUCGUCCGUGCCACAACCGUGAGAAGGCCCGUGGGAUGGGCAAGUACAUGUGUCAGAAGUGUCACGCCAUCAUCGAGGAGAAGCCACUUCUCUUCAAAAAUGACUCCUACCACCCUGAUCAUUUCAGCUGCAACAAUUGCGGGAAGGAGUUAACAUCGGAUGCCAGGGAGUUGAAGGGCGAGCUGUACUGCCUUCCCUGCCAUGACAAGAUGGGGGUUCCAAUCUGUGGAGCCUGCCGCAGACCGAUCGAGGGCCGUGUGGUCAACGCAAUGGGCAAACAAUGGCAUGUGGAGCAUUUUGUGUGUGCCAAGUGUGAGAAACCUUUCCUGGGGCAUCGCCAUUAUGAACGCAAAGGCCUGGCAUACUGCGAGGUCCACUACAACCAGCUGUUUGGGGAUGUUUGCUACCACUGUAACCGUGUCAUUGAGGGAGAUGUGGUGUCGGCCCUAAACAAAGCCUGGUGUAUCAACUGUUUCUCCUGUUCCACCUGCAACACCAAGCUCACUCUCAAAGAUAAAUUUGUAGAGGUGGAUCUGAAACCAGUAUGUAAGCGCUGCUAUGAUCGAAUGCCAGAAGACAUGAGAUACCGGUUGUCGAGGACCGAGCACAACUCCAAAGACAAGAAGAAAAAGUUAUUCAUCCCCAUUUGCCUCUAAUUAUUUUACCAUCCAUCUCUGCUUGAUUCCAUGUGCUUUGGAACAAGUUUGUGGAGUUUGACAUGAAACCAGUGUGUAAAAAGUGUUACCAGAAGUUUCCCCUUGAGCUGAAGAAAAGACUCAAGAAGCUUUCAGAACCUAUGCCACGGAAGUAAUCAUGAAUAUGUGUAUUUCAUAUUGUAACUAGGAUAUUAUUUUAGAAGUUUGCCCGCAAAUGAUGGAGCAAUUGUAGUAAUUAAUAGUAUUGUUUUUGCCCUAAAGUAUUUACAUCUGAAACAGAUCCCACACUGGCAGAUGGAUUUAAAGCGUUGCCCACUACCUCAUAUUUUAUUAUUAUAAUUGGGCAAAUUUCAUGUUUGAAAUAAGCUGAACAGCACUGUUAAAACUGUCCCUUGCUCAAAAAUGCAAUCCAGUUUAUACCAGUUUAUCAAUCCAAGUACCGUAAUUAACUAAUUUAAUUGUCUAAAUCCUGGAAAUGACAUUGCUGGAUAAUAAAUAUAAAAAAUGAUUGCGCUUACAAAAUGCUAAGCAUACUGAUCUUGAAAGUUUAUUUUGUUUUAACAAUGUCUUCACAAUUGAUUAACUUUAACUCUAAUCACGCCAACCAUUGUCCGGGUUUUUUGUAAGCUUGUGUCAUGAUCACCAUGAGUGCAACAAAAGAUCUACUUGAGGGGGUAUUCUGAAUUCCUCAGGGAUGGCUUUCUCAUCAGGAUACACUGUAACCAUUUCACUGCAGCAUCAAUAUUCUGUAAUAAAUGAAAACUUUUGAAGUAAUUUAAAGAACACAUUCCAAUGUUGUUAUACAGGACAUAUAGCAUUGUGAAUGUUAGUUGUAAUAAAACGAUUGUUGACUCAUCAAAUUGUAAAUCCCGCAUUUUUUCACUACAAUCUAUUUUAGCUCGAUUUAUAUUUAUACACACAAUGCUGGCCUAUUAAUGGUUUAAUGGGCAGUGUGUCUGUUGGCAUCUCAGAAGAGAUUUUUGUUGGAAAAUAAACAUUUUCUUUAUGCUAUUGUA